GGUGUUCAGUUCACAGUCAACAAAUCUAACGGAUAUAACAGUUAAGAACACGCUCAGCAAAGAAGAUAACCGGGGUUUAGGCCGUUGAAUGUUUUAUCUCACCACGGAAAUAAAAUAAAAUGAAAAAUGAAAAUAAUCUAGUGCUUUGCGCUUUGAUGAUCCUUAUCAGCUCAUCUGAGACAAAGGGUAGGAGGUCAGAUCAAUGCUUUGACCACCGCCCCCCCCCCAGUCACUCUCCAGCGUGAGGGCAUGUCCACUGCAUACCCAUUGUUCCCAUUGGUCAAUGGAGAUGGCGAUCCCGGACCAGAGCUGAAUCCUACAAAUCAGACCCCAACUCACCAGGUGGAUGGAGCCCUGACCAAACCAGCUGUUACUCACAGUGACAGUCUGCUACAAAGGCGGUCUGUUACAGCGGCUGGUGACAGGGAUGACAUCAGGCACGACAACAUGGGUGUAACCAGUCAGCUUACCAAUCCUGCCCACAGAGUCAGCAGAGGCACCAGCAGCCAGGACGGCAGCACUCUCACAGGUACCACCCAACCUCCAUCCCGUGUUAUAACACUGAUCCAGUCCUCUGUUGGACCCAGCACCCCAGCACUGACCCCCGCACCGACCCAGCCUCUCACCACUGAGCAGACCCAGACCUCCGACACUGCCCAUGUACCUUCCCCCGCCGACCCACCUCACCAGGAGUUUCCAUCUGAGCUCAAUGUCGGAGAUGACGACAAAGGCCCUCCCCUCCCCUCUCCUCUGGAUCCUCUGUUGGCUAGCAUGGUCUUUGUCUUCGUCGUCACCACAGCUGUGGUCUCCAUUGUCCUCUUCCUCAAACUGCGCAAACAGACCAACCACCCCGAGUUCCACCGCCUGCAAGAUCUGCCAAUGGAUGACUUGAUGGAAGACACGCCACUUUCCAGAUACACUUAUAGUUACUGAUGAUGGAAACCUGUUAGCUACAACAGUCAACUUUAUUUCAAGCACAGCUACACAUCAGACAUCCAGCGGGCUGCCUUUUUUGGCUGCCAGGAAAAGCUUUUAACUGGAAUGGAGGCCGCCAGCCAGCACCUAUGUUGGCUCACUAUGAUUCCCCCUGGUGAGCAAUUUCCAAUUUGAUUGUUUUCUGUUAACAAUAAGAAGGCUUUCAGUACCCAGUGUGAGGGUUUUAACAACAGGCCAACAUCAGAGGUUCUGUUUCAACAUUAGGCCAAUCCUUUGAAGCUCUCAGAUGUUUCAUAUCCAGGUUGCGGGAGUCUGUUUUGUUCUUUUUACCAUACCCCCUCCACCCAAUACAGGUCAUGAAUAACAUGGACUGCACUUUAAAGGUAGACACAGAAAAAUGAUGUGGCCACAAGCAGCAUUGCUGAUAUCAAGACUGAGCCAGGUGCAAGACUUGGCUCUCAUACAUGCUCACACAGUAUCUGCCCAUGUGUAAAGGCUCACUAAACACUGUUACAGCACGGGACUAAAACAGCUGGGAAGUUGAGCGUUGACAUAUUGAAAUUGACCUACUCUGCAGUUGACCUUUUGUCUGUCGUUUCACUGAUUCUACCUUUAAUGAUGUAACAUGUUUAUAAAUAGAAACAGUGCCCUCUAGUGGAACCCUCAGAGUCCACACAGGUUUGUAGUUAACAAAGACACAAUUUCACAUUUGAUGUUACUGCAAACAUCCAUGGCAGAAGGGAAUCGACAUGGUGUUGAAAGUGAUUUACCAAGAAAUGUUCAGCAGCUUCCAGAAAACCAUGUCUGGGUCUAUUAUAAUCCCUGAAUAGACCAAAUAAAGGAACAGUGCUCUUUCAAAUAAGAAUGUAUAUUGGGUUAUCUUAACAGAGGUUAUAUAUAUAUUUAAAAAUACCCAUUAUUGGUAUAUUUAAAGCCUGUAUAUGUAACCCCAAAAUAGUGAACAGUGUAUUCAGAGAUUUGUUAGGGGUGUCAUUUCUUAGGGCUGGUGACAACCAGUGGCUCAUCAAGAAGUUUGACAUGAUUCCAAACCAUAUCCAAAGAGACUAAAAUUAAUGAGAUGAAAGGUCAGGUUUGACAGCAGUAUUCACACAUCACACAGAUCCUUGAAGGCUCUAUGUUAUACACAAAUUAAAAAAUACAAUAAAUUAUAAAAGUAUUUAGCAACCUAUAACCCAUUUGGACUUUUCUUUGUAACUUAUUGGAACUUACUAUGUUACACUGUUUAUCUUUGUCUAAUCUGUAAAUAUUUUAAAUACCUAUAGAAUUAUAUUUAUAGUCAGUUUUUUGGGAUGUUCGAGGCUCAAACACCCAUGAUUCCAUUCUGUAAUACCACUAGCCAUGACCAAAUUUGUGGCUUUGUGAUUGCUAUAUUUCUACAAUGCCUAACCAAAUAGCCUAUAUUUUCUUAUUGGGCUCAUGCUCUGCCCCACCUUCCGAGAUUCUGGUUCUGGAAGUGGAAUGACAGUUCAUUUCACUAAUAAACAUUUCAACACCCUGGUUAGAACUCUUCAAAACAAAUCUAUAUACAGAUGUAUUUUCAUUUAAUCUUUCAAAUUAAUGAUUAACCACACAGAUAGUUGUACCUAUUCAAUAUUUGAAUUGGAAGCAUGAUAACAAGGAUUGUUGUCAAAACCUUCAUGGGAUGAAUGGCCAUUUCACUUAUGGGUACCAUUGACAGGACAGAGCAUCAGCCCUAUUGAAUCACUGAGAAACGUCAUACUUGUUAAUACGUUCAAUAGGCCUUCAGUAUUUUGGCAGGUUGGAGAGUCACUGACACUAUGUCUGUUGUCAUUGAAAACAUUGUAUUUUAGAUGCAACAGGUUUAGCCCCUUAUUUUUUAUGGACUACGAUUCCAUAGUGAUUUGCCUGAGCAAUUAAUCCUAAAUGUUCUUCUAACAGGCCUACAUGUUAUUUGGACUGUUGUUUAAUACAGUUGCUAUAUUAUGAACCUUGACUGUUAUUGAUGGAAACACUAUUUGAGUUUUGUAUUAUAUUGUGUGAAAGGAAAUGCACCCUGGGACAUUGUAUGCUGUAGACAAACACAAUACAAAAGCUUUUAAAUGACAAAAUAAGAAAUUAAUCAUUCCGUAUAACAAACUAAAUAGGCAUACUGAAAUGCAAAAAACAGAACAGUGUUUGAAAACUGAGGGUAAAGGGUUGCUGCACUAUAAAUAAUUGGUUGUUAAAAAUAAUAUUUGGUUGUGCACUGUAACACCUAUAAAGAAGUGUUUCAAUUGUAACUGACCUGUGUGUGUUUAAAGUGAUGCAACAUAUGAUAUACAGUAGCAGGGUUAACUAUAAAGAAAGGAAUGUUAGUUGCUUUAAGAAAUAAAACUGAAACACUAUGCUUUUGACUCCUGAGCAUGAGGAAAUGAAUUAUUAGUUCAGGUUUUGUAACUAGUCCCU